GCUGUUGGUCAAGGAAGAAGAAGAGAGAAUCACAGUGCAUCAUCAGCAAUCAUGGACAUAGAUUUAGAUCUCAGUGCUAAAUCAUCAUCAACAAGACCUUCAACGUUUACACCUAAAACACCAUCCAAAUUUAAACCUAAAAUCCCAAAAUCAGAACCACUCAUUGUACCUAAAUCCGAAGUAGAAGACUUCAAUCCGGAUGAACAAUUGAAACAAGUUGAAAUAAUUUCAAAACAAGAAUUGAAAUUACAACCCAUGGAAGUAGACAGUAAUCCAAAAGAAGAUGAAGAAGAUGAAGUUGUCAGAGAAAUUGAUGUUUUCUUUAAUCCAUCACCAUUAGAUGCUGAUACUCAGUUAUAUGUUCUUCAGUAUCCAUUAAGACCUAGUUGGAGGCCAUACGAAAUGGACCAAAAGUGCCAAAAGGUGAGAUUUAAACCUAAAGAGGUGAAAGUUGAAAUUGACUUAUCACUGGAUUUGGACGAAAAUUACGACGAUAAUGUUGAUGAUCAUUUGAGGAUAACAAAGCAGACAUUGGUGUCGAAGAAGGUGCCGCUCACCAAAGGAUGUGCUGUUGGGGUUCUUGUCGGAAAUCAGUUAUACCUAAAUCCUAUGAAUAAUGACCUGAUUAUGUUUUCCGGCAUUACUGGCUCUGGGGAUCAAGUGAGUCGGUUUGUUUCACUCAAGUACCUUGCUCCCGAUGACCCCGAAGAAAUUGUUCUGCAAGAGAUUCAGCAGCAUGCUAAUUUGGUGCAAGGAUUGUGGGUGUGCAAGACCAAUUUGUUGCCGCUUAAAGGAGCUGAAAUGGUAGCUAGAGACAAAAUUCUUUGUUUAUUUAGUAAGAUGGAUAGAAUCCGUGACGAGAUACUUGAAAAGAUGCUUGAGGAAUUGGGCUGUCAUAGUAAAGAGGUGAAGAAGGCAGUGGCAGAGGCAGCGAUGGCUUCAAUAGCUGUUCAUAGAGAUAAAUGUCGGGAUUGGAAAUUCAAGGUUCCUAAAGAUAUGUCAUUUAUUAAGGAUCAUCCAGAAAUAGUGAAGGAGCAGGAGCAUCUCUGGCAGAUUAGGGAAAAUACAAGGAAGACUGAAAAUUCCAUGAGAAACAAACUAAAACCAAGAAUGGCGAAAAAUCUUGGUAUACCGGAUUCAGGUGUAAAGAAAAAAGUAAGUGAAACAUCUAGUUUUUCUUUCACACUAACCCGCUAGAGAAUUGUCAGAAUUAUUGUUAUGUUCAUAUCUUCUUCAAUUCAGGUUAGAACUAAACAAGUAGCUUUCUGAAAAAAAUUUACCAUCUACAUAAAUGUAUUAUGUAAAAAAGAUUCUACAAAUUAGGUGCCUCACUAUAGCCAAAUUUUCAGUGUACAAAUAUACUAACUGCUUAGGAGGUCUAUGUUGGCCCAAAGUUUUUCCGUAGAAA